AUGGACGCUGCCUUCCCUCCUUUGCGAUCUUGGAAAGGCCACUGUCUCCACAAUGGAGCCGGGUACGUCCUCAUACAGGCCUGGCCGACAGGCGACCUGGACGAGUCCUUCAGCGAACUGCAGCUGCGAGUGCCCGGUGGUGCCCUGGCAUCCCCGGAGAGCUCCACACCGCCCCGCACGCUGCCCGGAGAGGCUCUGAGCUUGGAAGAGACCCCAAGGACCUCGGGGCUGAUCUCCUUCGCGCCAUCCCCCCAGCUGGAUCCUCGGUUUGGCGUGGAUCUGGCCCUUGCGGUGUCGGAGUGUCCUGCCUUGUGGCCCUCUCCGAGGGUGGAGAUGUCAGGACUUGAAGCGCUGCAGGAGCAAGAGGUGGGCCCAAGCUGCAAGUGCAAGUCUGGACAUGUCGUGCCGAUGCACACUAAGUUUGUAGACAGCGGCCACUUUGAAGGCGAAGAGCUGGAAUCCCUUCUCUUGACUGAGACAGGCACAGGGCCCGAUGGAGAAGUGGAGCAAUGCUCGCAGGACUGUGAAUUGACUUUUGAGGGCGAGACGAUUGCCGAUGCCGGAGAGAAGAGCGUGCCCUGUGAACUCCGCAACCUCGUGGAAACAUUCUUGGAUGUCCCCGCUCUGGUUGUGGCGUUCCUCGCCGCCUUCCUUGCUUCCGUGCAGCUUCGCUCGAUGAGGUCGGAGGACAAGGCUCCGACCUCGGUUCCGGAAGCGGCUUCGGCUUCGGACCUGAUCGUGGACGAAUUCGGCUGCACCGCACUACACCGAGCUGCCGACGAGGGCAGCGUGACAGAGGUGGAGAGGCUCCUGAAGGGUGGCCUCGACGUCGAGGCUAAGGAGGCCUGGGAGGAGACCCCGCUCCACAUUGCUGCCCGUAAAGGCCAUGCAGACUGUGUCGCGCGCUUUCUGGCAGCUGGUGCCAACUCCGAG